GCUUCCAACACCCAGUGCAUGACUUAUAACUGCACAGGUGGGUCUGUCAGAGGAGACCUGGUUCCCUGGACAGAGAAGGAUCUGGACCUGUAUGGAGUCCAAGCUCACCGGAGCUCCAGGUGGGGCAGACACUGAUGGCUUCCUUAAGCCUGCAUCGGUCCCUCCUGGUGGUCUGGAGCCACUUGUUGAGGUAGCAGAGCCUGCAGGUCUGGAGGAUCAACCUGGAAAGCUCCCAGACACAGGAGAUAGACAGGAGCUGUUCUCGUUUGACAGCUCUCCAGACAGCGAGGAUGAGGGCAUUGGCAAGAGAGACAAGAAAAAGAAGCUAAAGAAAAAGAAGAAGAAGAAAGAUUCCAGCUCAUCCUCCUCAUCUUCAUCAUCAUCGUCCUCCUGCUCCUCCUCCUCGUCUUCUUCCUCCUGUUCUUCCAGCAGCUCAUCAGACAGUGACAGUGAGGAUGACAAAAAGAAGAAAAAGGACAAGAAGAAAAAGGAGAAAAAGGAUGAGGAAAAAGAGUUCAUCUGGGACGAAGUCAUCAUAUCUCAGACUGGUCCCAAUGGUGAAAUCGUGCAGGUGUGCAGAGAGAACGUGAAGAACCUGGAUGUGGACUCUUCAGAUGAGGAGGCUGACAAGAAGAAGGAGAAAAAGAAGAAGAAGAAGAAGGACAAGAAGAAGAAGAAGAAGAAGAAGAAGAAGAAGAAGAAGGAGUCAUCCUCUUCUUCAUCUGACUGUUCGUCAUCUGACAGUGAGGAUGAUAAGAAAAAGAAGAAGAAGAAAAAGAAGAAGAAGGACUCCAGCUCCUCUUCCUCAGAUAGCUGCUGCUCCUCUUCAUCCUCCUCCUCAUCUGACAGUGAGGACGACAAGAAGAAAAAGAAAAAGGACAAAAAGAAGAAGAAAAAGAAGGACAAGAAAAAGGAUUCCAGCUCUUCAUCCUCGUCCUCAUCAUCUGACAGUGAUAAAGAUAAGAAAAAGAAGAAGAAGGACAAGAAGAAUAAAAAAGACAAGAAAAAGGAUGAAGAUGAGACAGAGGUCAGCUGUGUCGUUGUUCUUUCAGCAGCUGAUAACGAGACCGCAGGCCCAAGCACUGAUGGAGCUAAAAAGACAGAUGGAGAUGCUGCAAAGGUCAAAGACAAGGACAAGCUGGCCGCUGCUUCAGCUGGGGGCGUAGAAGCACUCUCUGGUGCGAUUGAGGAUGGCAACCUGAGUGAUGAUGAGGGAGAGGCGGACAAGGAGAAGGACAAGAAGAAGAAGAAGAAGAAGAAGAAGAAGAAGAAGGAAUCUGGCUCAUCUGCAGACAGUGAUGACGAUGAUGAUGAUGAUGGAAAAGAUAAGAAGAAGAAGAAAGAGAAAAAGAAGAAGAAGAAGAAGGACUCGUCCAGCUCCUCCUCAUCAGAUAGCUCCUCUUCAGACAGCGAAGAUGACAAAAAGAAAAAGAAGAAGAAAAAGAAGAAGAAGAAGCAGAAGAAGAAGAAGGAUAAGGAUUCCAGCUCCUCUUCUUCAUCAGACAGUGAAGAUGAGAAGAAGAAGAAGAAGAAGAAGAAAAAGAAAAAGACAAAGAAAAAGAAGGAUAAGGAUUCCAGCUGCUCUUCUUCAUCAGAUAGUGAGGAUGAGAAGAAGAAGAAGAAGAAGAAGAAAAAGAAAAAGACAAAGAAAAAGAAGGAUAAGGAUUCCAGCUGCUCUUCUUCAUCAGAUAGUGAGGAUGAGAAGAAGAAGAAGAAGAAGAAGAAAAAGAAAAAGACAAAGAAAAAGAAGGAUAAGGAUUCCAGCUGCUCUUCUUCAUCAGAUAGUGAGGAUGAGAAGAAGAAGAAGAAGAAGAAGAAGAAAAAGACAAAGAAAAAGAAGGAUAAGGAUUCCAGCUGCUCUUCUUCAUCAGAUAGUGAGGAUGAGAAGAAGAAGAAGAAGAAGAAGAAGAAAAAGACAAAGAAAAAGAAGGAUAAGGAUUCCAGCUGCUCUUCUUCAUCAGAUAGUGAGGAUGAGAAGAAGAAGAAGAAAAAGAAAAAGACAAAGAAAAAGAAGGAUAAGGAUUCCAGCUGCUCUUCUUCAUCAGAUAGUGAGGAUGACAAGAAGAAGAAGAAGAAGAAGAAGACAAAGAAAAAGAAGGAUACGGAUUCCGGCUCAUCCUCCUCCUCUUCUCCCUCUGAUAGUGAAGAUGACAAGAAAAAGAAAAAGAAAAAGAAGAAGAAGAAGAAGGAGUCCAGCUGUGACGACAGCUCCUCUUCUUCAUCCUCCUCUUCCUCUGACAGUGAUGACGACAAGAAAAAGAAGAAAAAGAAAGAUAAGAAGAAGAAGAAGAAGAAAAAGAAGGAUUCUUCUUCUUCUUCUGACUCCUCCAGUGAUUCUUCCAGCGAUGACGAUAAGAAGAAAAAGAAGAAGAAAAAAGACAAGAAGAAGAAGAAAAAGAAAGACAAGAAAAAGGACUCAGAUUCUUCAAGCAGUGAAGAUGACAAGAAGAAGAAAAAGAAGGACAAGAAGAAGAAAAAGAAGAAAGACAAAAAGAAGGACUCCAGUCCAUCAGGUUCAUCUGAUAGUUGCUGUGACAGUGACAAGGAAAACAAAGAGGAGAAGAAAGACAAGAAGAAGAAGAAGAAGGGUUCUGCUUCAGAGAGUGAAAGUGAGAAGAAGAAACAGGAGAUUGAAUGUUUUGUUGGUAAGCCAAGUCAGGAGCCAAAAACAGAAGCUUCAAGUUCUUGUGGUGGAGAAGUCUCUGCUUCUGGUGGAGAAGUCUCUGCUUCCGGUGGCAGCAGCCCCAAGCCUGGUGGUGCUUCUGUUGUCUCCUAUGUGUCUCUCCCCUCCAAACCUGUCCUGAAGCUGGAUCCUUCUACUUCUUCUGCCAUCUCCAAGCCCACAGUCUCUAGCAUCCCAAUGGGUAUUGGAGAUAGGGCCCCAAUUCGCAGACCGCCUAGCCCCAUGGAGUCAUUGAUGAGCUCCUCACCGAGGAGAUAUGGCGAUGGAACGACCCGUACCACCACCCACCUAACCUCCAGUGAUUUGCUGAGAGGCCCUAAGCCUUACCAAUAAUGACACGUCAUUACUGGAUCAAAAAUAUCCUGUUACUUGUUUGUUUGUUUUUUAUUGGAGGAAGUUAAAUGUGAUGAUGAGCUUCUCUCAUUCCCCUGAUUCAAUGCAAGAAAAUUACAAUCACUCAUGAAAAAUAAAAGAAAUUAUUUGA